ACCGGCGGGGGAGGCCGGUCGGUCUCACACUCCGCCGCCGGCUCCCUGUUCGCGUCUGCUCGCCGCCGCGUCGCCGCCUCCUUCGCCGAUCGCAAUGGAAGACGAGAUCGCCGCGCUCGUCAUCGACAAUGGCUCCGGCAUGUGCAAAGCCGGCUUUGCGGGCGACGACGCGCCCAGGGCUGUGUUCCCGUCCAUCGUCGGCCGCCCCCGGCACCAGGGCGUCAUGGUGGGUAUGGGCCAGAAGGAUUCGUACGUGGGCGAUGAGGCCCAGAGCAAGAGGGGCAUCCUGACCCUCAAGUACCCCAUCGAGCACGGCAUCGUCACCAACUGGGACGACAUGGAGAAGAUCUGGCACCACACCUUCUACAACGAGCUGCGCGUGGCCCCCGAAGAGCACCCCGUGCUGCUGACCGAGGCCCCCCUGAACCCCAAAGCGAACCGAGAGAAGAUGACGCAGAUCAUGUUUGAGACCUUCAACACCCCGGCCAUGUACGUGGCCAUCCAGGCGGUGCUGUCCCUGUACGCGUCCGGGCGCACCACUGGGAUCGUCAUGGACUCUGGUGACGGGGUCACGCACACAGUGCCCAUCUAUGAGGGCUACGCCCUUCCUCACGCCAUCUUGCGUCUGGACCUGGCUGGCCGGGACCUGACCGACUACCUCAUGAAGAUCCUGACCGAGCGGGGCUACAGCUUCACCACCACAGCCGAGCGGGAGAUUGUGCGCGACAUUAAGGAGAAGCUGUGCUACGUCGCCCUGGAUUUCGAACAAGAAAUGGCCACUGCUGCGUCCUCCUCCUCCUUGGAGAAGAGCUACGAGCUGCCUGACGGGCAGGUGAUCACCAUCGGCAAUGAGCGCUUCCGGUGUCCGGAGGCCCUCUUCCAGCCUUCCUUCCUGGGCAUGGAGUCGUGCGGCAUCCACGAGACCACCUUCAACUCCAUCAUGAAGUGUGACGUCGACAUCCGCAAGGACCUGUAUGCCAACACAGUGCUGUCUGGAGGGACCACCAUGUACCCAGGCAUUGCUGACAGGAUGCAGAAGGAGAUCACAGCCCUAGCUCCCAGCACCAUGAAGAUCAAGAUCAUUGCUCCUCCGGAGCGCAAGUACUCCGUGUGGAUCGGCGGCUCCAUCCUGGCCUCCCUGUCCACCUUCCAGCAGAUGUGGAUCAGCAAGCAGGAGUAUGACGAGUCGGGCCCCUCCAUCGUCCACCGCAAAUGCUUCUAGAUGGACUGAGCAGGUGCCAGGCAUCUGCUGCAUGAGCCGAUGGUGAAGUGCCGAUUUGCCUGGCAAAUGUACACACCUCAUGCUAGCCUCAUGAAACUGGAACAAGCCUGGGAAAAGAAAUUUGUCCUUGAAGCCUGUAUCGCUAUCAGCACUGGAUCAUAGAAUCAGCAACAGAUUUCUGACCUUGUUAACUGUUCCCGUGGUACAUGUUUAAUACCCUGUGCAUAUCUUGAUUUAGUCCUUUGUCCACGCGGCUCGUUGCUUGGUGGCUGGGGAGAGCACGCUCUGGAAGAGACAGCCCCAGCCUGGUGAUCAGUGCGCUACGUAGUGAUCUGUGCAGGGUAUUAACCGACAGCUGGCUUCCAGGCUCUCUCAAGGCUGGCAAGGGUUCCUGCCCGCUUGCCACUUCCAUCUUGCCGGUCUAACGGGAAAGUCCGAGCCUUAGGACCCAGUUUCCAUUCUGGUGGUUCCCCUCCUGACCAUGGGUUGUUACUUGCCUUGAGAAGGAUUGCAUUGACACCUGUAAAUGUAUUCAUCCUUUUAAUUUAUGUAAGGUUUUUGUACUCAAUUCUUUAAGAAAUAACAAAUUUUUGGUUUUCUACUGUUGUGAGAACAUUAGGCCCCCAGCAACAUUGUGUAAAGAAAAAUAAAAGUGCUGCAGUAA